AUGUCGGCGCCCCAUUUCGAGGAUCCCCUGGUAGCGCCUCGCCCCCAUAAACUGCAGCCGGACCUGCCUGCGAACAUGGCUCGCAAUCUGGACGCCCAACUCGCCCACGACGCACGCAGGGGACAUUCUCCCGCCCCCAACCUCGCCCCGGGCUUCGUCAUACCGCGCGCACACAGCCGCGGUCCUAGCCCUCAAUCUCAGGGUGGAGAGUGGAGUCCCUGGGCCCCAGUAGCCGGACAGCCGCCCUAUCCCCAAGGCCCGCCCCAGCAAGCAUACCGUUCCGCGCCUCCAGUGCGCUCAGCGUCCACCUACUCGACCCACGAUCCCUCGGUUCAGCCUCAGCAACCAGCUAACACACAUGCACCCCCAUCGCUCACCGCGCCUCUUCCCACCAUCCCUAGCCUGUUCGCCCAGCUUCCGUCCGUCGAGCAGCCCAACUACGACCCGGGCUUCAAGGUCGCCUGGUGCCGCGACGUCCUCGCCCUCGUCGACCGCGCACAGCAGCUGCAUCAGCCCGACAGCAGCGCCACCGAGUUCCCCGAGGGUCCGGCCCGUAUAGAGGACCCGGAGCUGCAGCGCCUUGUCGACAUUGCCCUGCCUCUUUUGAUCCGCCUGUCGUCGACCUCUCCAGCGCAGACGCCCGCUCCCCCACACGUCUCAGAGUCUAUCUAUCUAUUGGCAACCUGCGAGGCCUCAGGCGCGUAUCCACAGCACGUCCAACGCGACCCGCGCGCUGCGUUCCGCCACUUCGAGCAGGCGGCCAAAGCCGGUCACUACACAGCCUGGUUCCGACUUGGGCGCGACUACGAAAAUUUCAACGAUGCAGAACAUGCCCGACAGUGUUUCGAGCGCGGUGUCAAACGUGGGGUGGAGAGCUGCAUCUACCGCAUGGGCAUGGCCCACCUCAUGGGGCAGCUCGGCCUCCCUGCCAAUCCCGAGGCGGCACUCCCACUCCUCCAACGCGCCGCGACGGUAGCGACGAUCGAGUGCCCCCAGCCUGCGUAUGUCUACGGCCUGCUGCUCCUCGGGGAGUUCUCGCACGUUCAAAUCCCGCCAGAGUAUUUCGCGCCCUACAUCGCGCCCGGCUCCUCACUGCCAGUGGAGGCGCGCAAGCACCUUGAGCGCGCUGCCUACCUAAACUUUGCGGCCGCGCAGUAUAAGCUCGGGCACGCAUACGAGUUCGCCAUUCCGCCGUUCCCAUUCGAUGCUCUGCUGAGCGUGCAGUACUAUUCCCUCGCGAGCCAGCAGGGCGAGGUCGAGGCGGACAUGGCGCUCAGCAAAUGGUUUCUGUGCGGCGCGGAGGGCUCAUUCGAAAAAGACGAGGGGCUUGCGCUGACCUUUGCCGAAAAGGCGGCGCGUAAGGGCCUGCCGAGCGCCGAAUUCGCAAUGGGUUACUACUCAGAGGUCGGCGUCGGUCUGCCGAAGGACAUUGAGGUCGCGCGAAAAUGGUAUAACAGGGCCGCGCAACACGGAAAUCCCGACGCCGCGGAGCGCCUGAGGGUACUUUCGGAGCCGGAGCCGAACGCGCUCUCGCGGGAACAGCAUGAGUCGCUUGCGGACACAACCAUCGUCCGCAAGCGUACGCUCGCCAGGCAACGAUCAGACGCGCGCCGCGGUGGGCCUGGUGGGCGCGCGCGUGCUGCGCCCAGUGCGAUGCAAGGAGAAGCUAUCAUGGAGGACGUUCGACGGCGCUCGCAGUCGUCUGGCCGUCAGCCUAUCGCUCCCAAUGCACCUGGUUAUGGCCCAUCGCCAGUCAUGAACCCCAGCACUUCCGCGCCACAAAUCAACGGCGGCUACCAGGGCCCUCCUCCCGGACAGUACCCCGCAAGCGCAUCGCAGCCGCAUAUGCAUGCCGCAGGUGCUGCGGGAGCGCCGCCGCAACGCGCGUUCGCCAAUGCACCACGGUACAGCCUCAUCGAUCCCGGCUCACGCCCCAUGUCCCCAUCAAGCAGGCCUGGGACUGCAGGCUCCGGGGCACCGCGCACGCCCACCAGGCAGGCAUCUGGGCCAGGGCCUGGCGUGUCGCCAGCCGGCGAGCCGGAACCACCAUCUGGACCUAAGGCACGCCCUGCGCAGACGUUUGAGGAGAUGGGCAUCACCUCAGGGAAGCUGCAAGAAAAAGAGUGUGUCAUAAUGUGA